AAAAAUCCUCCAAAAAGAGUACCAAAACGAAAAAAAAAUACAAUUUAAACUUCUCUCUUCAAGAUCACUUGUCUCACGUCUCUCUUUUCUUCAUUUUAUAAAGUUCAUCUCUAUUUUCUCUCAUGAUUUCUCCAAGAAGCAGAGUCUUUAUUUUCUAAAGUUCAUCUCCAUUUUUUGUGGAACCAGAGUCUUUAAACUAUAUAUUUCUCUUCAUUAAAAAAGUAAAAGAAGAUAUGAAGGAGACAAUCAGGUGCUGCAUCGCCUGCAUCCUACCGUGUGGAGCUCUCGACGUGAUCCGCAUCGUACACUCAAACGGCCACGUGGAGGAGAUCAGUGGCACAAUCACCGCCGGGGAAGUAAUGAAGGCACACCCUAAGCACGUACUCAAGAAACCUUCUUCUUCACCUUCUGAUCAUGCUCAAGAACGUGGUGAUCUCAUCUCAGCCACAAAGAUCGUCAUCGUCCCUCCCGAAGCUGAGCUCCAACGUGGCAAGAUUUACUUCCUCAUGCCCGCAGCUACAUCAGAUAAACGUAAUGCGAAAACCGUCAAGAAGCGGCCACAGACUCGUCUCCAUCGUGAAGAAGGUGGUGAUGAUAAUGAUAAAGAUAAAAGUUAUGAAAAGGAUGUGUCACUGUUGAUCUCUGACCGGUACUUGACGGAGAUAUUGUCGGAAAAAAUCGCGACUCAAAAAGAACGGAGAAAGGGACGCGUUGGCGUUUGGAGACCGCACUUAGAAAGCAUAAAUGAAGAUUGAGGAAAACGCAUCGUUUUUUGUUCGGAAGAAGAGUCUUCACUCGUUUUUUAUUGCGGCUGCAGUGCUUAUUAUGUAUUUUAGAACAUUGGUUCUUCAUAAUAGUUUUAUUCUUCAUUGAAAAAUAUUCAAGAGAAAGUUUUUGUUUACUUUGGAUCCAGUUUCUAAAAAAAACAAAAUCAACAUAUAUACUUGGUUACUCCUCAUUUUAAUAGAAGAUCUAGUAGAAAC